UUUCAGUGUUAGCUAUUCUUCUCAUGUUUCAGAUAAAUGCAUCCGAUUCUCCUGGGAGGACAGGCAGCACAUUUACGCCAGCUCAUUCAAAUUGAAUGUUGGUAAAAGGAGGGUGUUGGAAAAAGAAUACAGGGAACAGUCUAUCCUUUUAAGAAGAGCAGGAAAGGCUAAUCUGUGCAGUAGUCUGUAAUGGUGCAGGAUUUUUUUCUACUCUUGCUGUGAGCGGAACAUAUAUACAGUGAGUUGAGGAUAAAAGCCCAAAGGGUAAAGGACAGCAUGGUGUUCGUUGUGGACAGCUGCAGACUGGAAAGGACUCAGCUAAGUUGUUCUCAUUCAGAAUGUAAUCUUACUUCCCAUUUUGUUGCAUUUGUGGAUUUGGAUAUUAUGCUUCACAGGGAAAACUGAAAUUGAACUGUUGCUAAGCUUCAGUCAUGAAAUCUCUUGCAGCCUGUGCAACAUCUGUAGAUCUGCUGGCAAUGGAGGGAUAGCAAUGCAUUGAGUAGGUAUCAGUGACUGUAAUGUGCUUCCGUAAAUAUUUCUGUGAAUACCAGAUAAAUGUUGUCAAAUCAUCUUCUGCACUCUGCUAUUUUCCUUUGAAAAGGAUGAGUCAUGAUUUGCCGUACACAGGUUCAUGAUGUGAACUGGAAAUGUUCAGACAGUAUUAAAUGGCAAGUAUAAAACAGGUCCUUCUGGUGUAAUGUAAAGAUUUCACGCAAAGAAUAAUAUCGGGAAGAAAAUCUCUGUCAACAAAAAGCAAGUCAUAGGACCAAGUCUUCAGGCUGGCCACCCCCAACAGCAACGUGGAGUCCUUCACAGGGACCACCUUAUGGAUUGGAGAUGGCAGCAAACCGAGAUGGACGAGACUGCUACAUCAAUCACAUGAUCCAGACACCAGCAUUUGAUGACCCACGACUUGAGGGUAUCCAGAUCACACCCCCAACACCUCGGAAGGUAGAAAUGAGACGGGACCCUGUCCUGGGUUUUGGCUUUGUUGCUGGAAGUGAAAAACCAGUUGUCGUGCGUUCAGUUACACCAGGAGGUCCAUCUGAAGGAAAACUCAUCCCUGGAGAUCAAAUCAUAAUGAUAAACAAUGAGCCUGUCAGCACAGCGCCAAGGGAAAGAGUCAUUGACCUUGUCAGAAACUGCAAAGAAUCCAUCCUUUUAACUGUUGUCCAGCCAUACCCAUCCCCCAAAUCAGCUUUCAUAAGUGCUGCAAAAAAAGCAAGAUUGAAGUCAAAUCCAGUUAAAGUGCGUUUCUCAGAGGAAGUCAUUAUUAACGGCCAAGUUUCGGAUAGUGUCAAGGAUAAUUCCCUUCUCUUUAUGCCGAAUGUUUUGAAAGUUUAUCUUGAAAAUGGACAAACAAAGUCCUUUCGAUUUGAUGGAAACACUUCAAUAAAGGAUGUGAUUCUAACACUCCAAGAAAAGCUGUCCAUCAAAUGCAUUGAACACUUUUCAUUGAUGCUAGAGCAAAGGAUGGAAGAUUCUAGAACCAAACUCCUCUUACUUCAUGACCAGGAAACUCUAGCUCAGGUUACACAGAGACCAAACACCCAAAAGAUGAGAUGUCUUUUCAGAAUAAGUUUUGUCCCAAAGGACCCUGUGGAUCUGCUCCGAAGGGAUCCAGUUGCCUUUGAAUAUUUAUAUGUUCAGAGCUGCAAUGAUGCAGUUCAAGAAAGAUUUGGGCCUGAGCUGAAGUAUGAUAUAGCACUGCGGCUUGCUGCACUACAAAUGUACAUCGCAACUGUCACUACGAAGCAGUCUCAUAAGGUUUCCAUAAAGAACAUUGAGAAGGACUGGGGUCUGGAAACAUUUCUUCCGUCAGCAGUUUUGCAAAGCAUGAAAGAAAAGAACAUUAAGAAAGCACUUUCCCACCUUUUGAAGGCAAACCAAAACCUUGUCCCUCCUGGAAAAAAGCUGUCUGUACUACAAGCCAAGUUGCAUUAUUUGAAAUUCCUCAGUGAUCUACGUCUGUAUGGUGGUCGAGUGUUUAAGGCAACAUUAGUGCAGGGAGACAAAUUCUCAGAUGUUACAUUAUUAGUGGGUCCAAGGUAUGGAAUAAGUCAUGUCAUAAACACCAAAACGAACUUAGUGGCCCUUUUAGCAGACUUCAGCCAUGUCAACAGAAUUGAGAUGUUCACAGAGGAUGAAAGCAGUGUUAGAGUGGAACUCCAUGUCCUUGAUGUAAAACCCAUUAUAUUACUGAUGGAGUCAUCUGAUGCAAUGAAUCUGGCCUGUUUAACAGCUGGAUACUACAGACUGUUGGUUGAUUCCAGACGCUCAAUAUUUAACAUGGCUAGCGGCAAGCUCAUAGGAAUUGGUGAAACAGGUAUAGAGAACAAAAGUAAACAUAAUUUCAAUUCCUCUGAAUGGAAAAAUCUAUCAGCAGCUGCUAUGUUUUCAAUGAAAGAGGAUCAUGAGAUUCAUACGUCAUUUUUGGGAUCCAAGCAAAAACCAGAUAUUGUGGGUAACAUCCAUUGCCAAACUGAUCCUCGGCUAAUUUACAUUGAUGAUGCUUUAAAAUCUGUUGGGUCUGAUCGGGAAGUAAUACAUCAGUCUAAUGUUAAAGAGGUUAGAAACAGAAGUGCAAACCAACAGUCCUUCUUGUAUGUCUCAGGAAUGGAUUCUAGUAAUAAAGCACAGGAGUCUCCUCGAGAAGCAAAAGUAUCAUUUAUAUUUGGUGAUCACAACAUAGACAAUAUUAACCCACAGCACCUUGGAUAUGAACGAUUAAUGGAUGAGAGCCCAGAGAUGUCAGAUGUUCAUAAAUCCAUGUACUUAGACAAUAAUGAUGAAAUUAAAGGGUUAGACUCAUCCUCAGAUGCUGAAAGCAUUAAUUUUUCUUCCAGUGCUGUGUAUACAAACAUAACUGACAAUAAAAUGUUUGGAAAUACAGAAGGGAUAGAAGAGCCUCUUCUCCAUGACAUCUGUUAUUCAGAAAACACAGAUGAUGCAGAAGAUGAAGACGAAGCAAGUUGUGAGGAGGAUACUAUUUUAGGGGAGCUGGUCAGGACUGAUAUCUUAAACAUGGCUGGUUCAGGAGAUGACAUCAUUGAUCUGACAUCACUACCCCCACCUGAUGGUGAUGAUGAAGAAGAUGAAGAUAUUCUCCUGCACUCAUUAAAUAUGGCUAUUGCUGCUCCUCCUCCUGGCUUUAGAGAUAGUUCUGAUGAAGAAGACACCCAUACUCAACUUUUGUCAGAUAACGAUAACGUUAAUACUGUAGUCAGAAAUGAUGUCCCAGUGUCAUUGAUUGAUGCCGUUCCUACUAAUAACGAGAGCAAAAUUGAGCAGGCAUUAGAUGAAACAAUGGUUUCUACUCUGCAAGCACUGGAGUCAUUGGCAGUUUCUGAAGAACAACAGUCCAGAGACAAUUCAGGUGUAACAAUAAUGCGAGCAUAUAGCCCUGAGUCAUCUUCCGAUUCUGGCAAUGAAACCAACUCUUCAGAAAUGACAGAAAAUUCUGAACAAGCUGUUGCACAGAAGCAGUCUGAGAAUGGCACACGCAUGUUUUUGGCUACUUGUGAGGGCUACCAGCCUCUCAUUGAGGAGAAAACAGAAUUCCCCAUAUCUCAAAAUGCAGUAGGAGAUAUGAAAAGUGUAUCUUCACCGUUUAUGGUAAGUCAGCCUGCCACGGACCCGCACUUCAAAGCUGUGCCUUCAAAACAAAUGUUUCAUUCUGAUAACAUUGAAAUGGAACCAGAGACAAUGGAGACUAAGUCUGUAACAGAAUAUUUUAAUAAAUUGCACAUGAGUUCUUUAGUGCAGUCUUGCACUAAUAAAAAGAAGAAAAUUGUAGAUGGCUUGUCCAAGACAACAUCUGAGAAUAAUAUUUCUCUUCAAAAUAUACAAAAAACCAAAAAAAUAGAAGCAAGUGAAGAGUUAAAAUCCAACAAUAAAUAUAGCUCUCAAGCGUCAAGGGACAAUAAACAGAUUAGCACUUUUGACUUGGAAAGAACUACUUUUCGUAAAGAAAACCAAAGAUGGCAUGCUAUUGUGGAUGAAAGAACAGUUGAAAAACAGGUCCCAGCAAUACUUAAUGGUAAACAAUUUUCCAAGUUACCUGGAGCCUCUAAAACAGAACAAGACAGAAAAGGUGAAGUGUCUGCUGAAGAAAAUUAUAGUGCUUCAUGUCUUGAACAAGAUGAUAGCAACCCUGCCAAAGAACUAACUGAUUCACAAGAGACAGACAUUCCUGCAGCUGAUAGCCAUGUUAAUCUCUCCGAAGCUGAACAGAAUGUAGCAAGAUUUUGUGAGUAUCAUUUGGCUAAGCGUAUGUCUUCUUUGCAAAGUGAAGGCCAUUUCUCUCUGCAGAGUUCACAGUGUUCUUCAGUAGAUGCAGGAUGCAGCACCGGUAGCAGCAGCAGCACAUGUGCUACCCCAGUCGAUUCCCCUCUUUGUGCCUCUGACGUUAAGCACAUUAUUUCUGAAUCUGCAGUGAAAGGUAUCAGCAGCACCCCUUCAGAAGAAAGACAGCAAUCACACUCAACUCAUGGGGCUCCCUACAAGGACCCACAUAAACAGGGUGAAGCUACAUGUCAUAGAAAGACAGUGCCAGCUAUGCAUGCCACUUCAAAAGCUGAACCAUUAUUUGGCACUUUACGUGAUGGGUGUCACCGGAUUCCCAAGAUUAAAGAAACCACAGCUCUUACAGAGCCUGAAAAUGGAAGAACAGAGGGCUUGCCUUCAGCUUUCUCUAAACACCAUGCAGAUGAUACCACCACGACCACCAUUCAGCCAUUCAGCAUUUGCAAAGACCUAAACCAACAGUGUCAGGACGUCAGCAAAGCUGCUCAUACAGGUACAUCAGCAAUUAGUAUAAGGCCGUAUGACCAAAUUGGAGGAAGUCUGAAAAUGCCACGCAACCGAAAAAUACUAAGGCGUACCAACAGCAAUGUUGCAGCAACUUCAGGAAAAAAUGAAAUACAUUUUGAGAAAGUAAAUACCCCAAGUUUAUCUUGCUUGGAUGUAAGUGAAAUAAGUAAAGCCAAAGCAGAUAAAAUAGUGGACCUUCCACUAAGCAGACGACUGCUGAAAAGUUAUUCUCAAAGUUCUCUCAUUACUAAUUCAUCUUGCUGCUCAUCUGGAACAGAAAACAAAAAGAACAGAAGGCCUUCUGUAGCAAUUUCAGUUCAGAAGGAAAGUAAACAGUAUAAGACUUUACCCUUACCAAAGUUAUAUACUAGUAACUGGAGAUGUCAUGGCCCUUUUACGUACUGUUUUCUUAACAAAGGAAAUGAAGAAGAAGAUGAAGAGGAGAACAGUGAAGGCAAAAGCCAACUAUCAUGCCUUUAUGAUUCACAGUUAGCAUCUGAAACCACAGACCUCGAGAUUCAGUCAUCAGUCACUGAAAAGGAGAACAAAACUCCAGAUUUAGACACUGUGACAAAUGACCAUAGAGCCAGUGCUACUAUUGAGCAAGGUACAAUUGACAUUAAUCUAAAUGACAUGAGUUUUGAUGCAAGAAUAACAAGAAUAAAUGCACUAAAGGAUAAAGUUUACAUGAUGCCUGAUGGAUUUCUUGCAGCACAAAAAGAUGCCACUGAAUUACUUUUACUUGUACGUGCCAGUGCUGAUAGAAAAGAAAAUUUUCAAGAAGAGGCUUAUGAGCAUACACUUUCACAGUUUAAACAAUUGCUGUCUGUUGAAUCAAGAGAGCUGGGAAGUGCCUGCAAGAUGAUGGCCAUGGCAGACAAAAGUCCAGAAGAAAUGCUUUUGGCUAUGACCUCUAGCUUCCAAGUUCUUUGCUGCUUAACUGAAGCAUGCAUGCGUUUAGUUAAAGUAAUGAACUCUGAAACACAGCAGCAGGAAAUUACAGCUAAGAUAGAUGAAAUGGUAAUGAACUAUAUUUGCCUGUUGAAAGCUGCAGAGUCAGCAUCAGACAAAACAUUUAGCGAUCCAAGUGUCAAACUUCUGGCUCGACAUUCAUCUACGAUGGCUGCCAUUGUAAGCACACUUACACGUUCCCUUAAGAUGCUUUUAAACAAGUAAACCAUAAAACAACUCUUUGUGAUUUACCUUUGCAAAGCCAUACUUUUACUUUUACUUUUCAUUAUUGUAAGUGAAACAAUGAUGUGAUAUUUACGACUGUAUAGUUUGUUUUAUAUAAGCGUGCUAGGUGAUAAUCAUUAUCACCCCCCUGUAAUUAAAUAUAACUGGAAACGUACCUCCUUUCAUAAGGGAGAAAGGGUAUGUGGUACAGUACAAGAAAUGGUUAUUUUUGAAGGAAAAUGCAGACUAUAAUACAUUAACUUAAUUUGUAGAUAUUGCAGCAUUACUGCAGAAAAUAUAUUAAUGGGCUCCAAUGUAGCCUUAUACACUGUAUGAAAAAAUUAGAACCUGCACCAUAUUGUACAUAGUACAUUAUUUACAUUUUAAAUUAUGAUUUUUAACUGGUCAAAACAUCAAGACGUAAAAAUUAUAUAUAAAGGCUAUAACAGCUUAUUAGAGGAACACUAUAAUAAAUCCAGUCUUUUAUUUAUA